AUGGCGAUACUCACUGACGAUGCCGAUUACCGGUCGGCGAAACGUCUGGGAAUGUACCACGUCCACGGUCCUACUCUGGAAAUGAUGAUGCAUACAAUGGACUCUGGACUAGGUACGUUCCUCUAUUGUCCUGGAUCAAAGCGUCUUCUUUUUGGUGUAUUCAUUGAAUCUCCAAGUCUGCUCAAGCAGUACACGAAAUUAUCGCGGACUUCCCUCUUCCAGUCUCCUGUUCAUCAGGUUUCUUUGGAAGAGGAUGUCUACAGCCUCCCUGAUCUUCCUUUUCCUGGUGUUUUCCCCAUAUAUGGCCAGUCUUUCCGUUGCAUUCCAGGCAAUUGUAUGGGCGGUAACGGCUGUGUGUUCAGCUAUCUCAGAUCUGUUGAGCUUACUUCCAUUUCAAGCGAAAGUGUUAGGUGA